AACGAAGGAAUGCGAUUCAUGAAGUUGUAGAAUGGAGGAACGCGUUCGGAUUUGUUGAAAAUGGUAAACACCGUCAAUCUGCAUGCGCGCAGUGUUUUUUGAUCAUUAAUAUCAUGUAUAAUCUUUCUUGAAUGAAAAGAAUAAUGUAUGACACAUCACAAAAUUUUACAAAAAAAUUGAAUUUAUAUUAGAAAAAUUGAUCAAGCGUGAUAAGAUACUGAAAUUUUAUUGAAAUUUUACUAAACUGAUAUAGAUAAAUUUUGAGGUUAUCAACAUAUAUUUUGGUAGGUAGCUUUAGAAAAUGAUAGAUAAAGAGGAAAAGCGAAAGAGAAAGCACAGCUCGAAGGACAUCCAAGAAGAAAUACAUAGGAGGGAAAAACGGAAGAGAAAGCACAAGUCAAAGAACAAACCAGAGGAAAACACACCUGACAAUGAUCCGAACAAAUAUCUUGCGUAUGUAGCAAAAUCAAAAAAGAAAAGUAAGAAAGAAAUGCUACCUACUUGGGAAGUUAGUACUAGCUCAGCCGAUAGUUUGCUGGAAAAGAAAGCAAAGAAGAAAAAGAAAAUUGAUAUUGAUAAAGCAGAUGAUGAAUCUGAUUCACUGGUAACUGAACCUUUCAAACAAAAAACUAACGCAGUGAUUUGGGCUAAGCCUGCCCUUAACAAAAAUGCCAUCCCGCUGAUAAAAGUGGCAGAUACAGCUGGAUACUUAAAGACUAAGACCAAAAUGAAAUCAAAAAAAGAGAAAGGCUUUAAAGGUAAAGUUGAAGUUAGAGGUGAUGUAGAACUGAUAACACCUGUGAAAAGCCUUGGCUUUGAAGUUGAGGAUGUUGUACCAAUCGAUUUGCCACCAGUUGAUUAUGAGCUUGUGGAUGUUGGUGACGAAAUAAAAAGAUGCACGCCAAUGAUUAUUGAGGCAACUUUAAAAAAAUCCACGAAAUCAUAUUUACCAAAAUUCUUACAAAGUGACUCUGACUCUGAAGUUGAAUCAUCAAAAUCAACUAAAUCCAUAAAAAAGAAGAACGAAGCUGUUCAGGUUUCUAUAGAAAGUUCAAGCACAAAUGGUGAACAAAAAAAGAGUACUGAACAAGAAUCAAAUUGUGACAUACCUAAAGCUCUGCAAGAGUUUUACAAUGAGGUCACAAGAGCAUUUGAAGCCACAGCAGAUAAAUCUGCGAAAGCUGACAAAAGCCAUGAUAAACAGGAGACUGCCCUGACUGUUGAUAACUCAGUUAAAGAUUUGAAUAACUUGAAAAAAAUUGUACACAAAAGUACAGCAUAUUUAGACAGUACAUCUCCUAUGCACCAAGGGGAUACAGCACAAUUUUUUUCACUAGAAAACAAAGUUAUUCUGGUCUUAAAAUCGGAAGCUCGAUUCUCAUUUUUAGGGAAACUAAAGAUUAGAGUACUCUAUGGUGCUAUAGAACUUUAUGGAUCCUUGUUUGAACCUCAGAAUACAAGCAAACCGAUUGAGGUUUUUUCACCCAGGGGCUAUAGUUCUGUAAGUGUUUCAACUUUUAACCUGGAUGGUACUCAUGACAAAGAAGCUUUAUGGGAUGCUUUGAUAUCAGAGGGAGUUGAGAGGUCAUUGAAAACAAAACUGCACAAUACAAUUCAAGAGUGCCAGCCAGGAUGGUCUGUGCUUCUACUAGAAAAUUUUGACAAUACUUUGACCAACUUUCUGAACAGUCAUUGCUCAUUCAAAUUGUUUCCUAGAAUAGAAAAUGCAAAGUAUCCAUGGUGUGACUCAAGGAGAGCAGAGUGUGUACUACAAGCUAAUUUUCAGUUCUAUAAUGCUGGUAAUGAAAUAUCCAUUUCUCCUCAGUGGAAUGAAAAUGUAACAAGAGAAUUACUUGUACAAUGGAAUACUAGAAAAUCUCUAUGCGCUAUCCUCUGUGGUGGAAAGGGUGUGGGAAAAUCCACUACAGCUCGUUAUUUAAUCAACAAUUUAUUAAGAAGCACCAAAAAGGUUAUUUUGCUAGACUUGGAUCCUGGACAAGCUGAAAUGACUCCAGCAGCUUGCGUUUCAUUGAAUGUCAUAGAUGAACCUUUGCUUGGACCAAAUUUCACUCAUCUUAGGAAACCAUUUUACCAAUUGUAUCUAGAAGAUAUAAAUGUCUCAAACUGCAUAACUCGUUAUUUUGAAUGUAUCAAGAAAUUGGUUGAGUGCCUUAAAAGCAAAAAGAAUCUGACGGGAUAUCCAAUUAUUGUCAAUACCAUGGGAUUCUGUAGAGGUAUUGGACUUGACAUCUGUAUAUUCCUCAUAAAGCUUAUUGACCCUACCAAUGUGAUCCAACUUACAUCGAAGAGGCCUAGGAAUAAUUUUGAAUUUGCACUGGAAAAAAAAACUAUUAACAAACAUAAACAAUUUUCGAUAUCAUGGGACACUGACAAAUCUGUAUUUGAAAGAACGUGCGAUUAUCAAUUACACUGCGUACCGUCCGCAGCCGAAGGAAAGCGUCAGUUCGAUACUUGGAAUAUGGAACCUCGCCAACAACGAGAGCUUGUGCUUCUUUCUUACUUAAGUCAAAUAAUUCAGAAUGCUGAUGAGAAAUGCUUCUGCAGCUUCACUUCGAAUAGUAUCAACAACAUAGUCCCCUAUACAUUACCGUUCUCGUCUGUCUACAUCUCCCUAACAAAAUCAAGCAUCUCGCCGUCUCACAUACUCGCAGCAAUGAACGGAAAUAUAGUUGCUCUGUGUGGCAUUGAUCUGGAUGACGAUAGCUCGGACACCGACAAAGAAUCCUUGACUUAUCCAAAAGUCGUGAUAAAACCGCCUCCGAGCACGUGUUACGGCUACGGUAUAGUACGAGGCAUCGACAUGAAACAGCGUUGCCUUUUCGUGAACACACCGCUGACCGAGUCCCAGUUACAAUAUGUAAACCUUUUAUCGGGCUGUUUGGAAGUUCCGUUUGCUCUAUUGCAGCCAGCACCAGCGGAACCAUCGACUGCUGGACCUUACGCCGCUGAUCGUGGCGAACUACCUACCAGUCGCGAAGCUCGCCGGGGUUACUUCCGUGUUGAGCAAAGUAAGAAUGCCUAAGAGAUCGAUGUGAUCGUACCCCGAUACUUUUUGACUAUAUAAUAUAUAUAUUUUUUUUUAAAUAAAAUAUUGCUUACGAUUUUUGUUAACGUCUGAUCAUCGCUUAGAACCCAUUGCUUUCUAUUUAAUAGAUGCGAUAGACGGUUGUACAAACCCGAUUAUUUAAAAAAAGAACUCGAAUGUAUAAAGGAAAUCUUACAAAAAUAUUUUUUAUGCGCUAUACUAUAAUGUUAUGUAUGUACAAAAACAAAUAUCAAAGAGGAACUUGAAACGUGAGAAAGUUCUAUUUAGUGUAAAUAUUUUUGUGCAAAGUGUAACAUUUUUACAUCAGUAAUAAAAAAAAAUUUUAAAUAAA